ACCUCGCUUGGCUAUCUCUGACUGCUGCCACAAGAAAAUCAUCCUCAAAACUCACUUGCAGUCAUUUAGGCAAAACCAUCUUGCUUCGUCUUUGCAGCGUAACAUCACGGAACAUGGAGACAGCAGUAGAGCUGAAGUACAUGUCAGGAUUUGGUAACGAGUUCUGCUCUGAAGAUCCACGCUGCCCUGGAGCCUUACCAGAAGGACAGAAUAACCCUCAGAUCUGCCCAUAUGGUCUGUAUGCUGAGCAGCUCUCAGGAUCAGCAUUCACCUGCCCACGAUCCACAAACAGAAGAAGCUGGCUGUAUAGAAUUCUGCCUUCUGUUUGUCAUAAGCCCUUUCAGCCUGUGGAUCAGGGUCAUCUGACACAUAACUGGGAUGAAACUGCACCUGAACCCAAUCAGCUGAGAUGGAAACCUUUUGAGAUCCCAACAACUUCUCAGAGAAAGCUGGACUUUGUAACUGGACUGUUCACUUUGUGUGGGGCUGGUGAACCCAGGUCUCAGGAAGGGCUUGCAAUCCACGUCUUCAUCUGCAACACCUCCAUGAACAACAGAUGCUUUUACAAUUCCGAUGGGGAUUUUCUGAUUGUACCACAGCAAGGAAAACUGCUCAUCACGACAGAGUUUGGCAAGUUGCUGGUAGAGCCCAAUGAUAUCUGCGUCAUUCAGGAAGGAAUGCGUUUUAGUGUGGAAGUGUUUGAGGAAACUCGGGGCUAUAUCCUUGAAGUAUAUGGCAUACAUUUUGAGCUGCCUGACUUGGGACCUAUUGGAGCCAACGGUUUGGCUAAUCCACGAGAUUUCCUUGUGCCAGUUGCCUGGUAUGAAGAUCGUCAAAUAGCAGAGGGUUAUACAGUUCUCACCAAGUACCAGGGCAAACUUUUUGCAGCACAACAGAGCUGCUCUCCAUUCAACGUUGUGGCCUGGCAUGGGAACUACACACCAUACAAGUAUAAUCUCAGCAAUUUCAUGGUCAUAAAUUCUGUGGCUUUCGAUCAUGCGGACCCAUCUAUCUUUACCGUCUUGACUGGAAAAUCAACUCGUCCUGGAGUGGCCGUUGCUGAUUUUGUUAUAUUCCCACCCCGCUGGGCAGUGGCCAACAACACUUUCCGUCCGCCUUAUUACCACAGGAACUGCAUGAGCGAGUUUAUGGGUCUGAUCAAAGGGACUUAUGAGGCAAAGGAGGAAGGAUUUCUACCUGGAGGAGCCACUCUGCACAGCAAGAUGACACCCCACGGGCCAGAUGCCAAAUGUUUUGAGAAGUCAAGCACAAGCAAACUGGAGCCUGAGAAAGUGGCAGAGGGAACUAUGUCCUUCAUGUUUGAGUCUUCUUUUAGCUUGGCUGUCACCAAAUGGGGCCUGAAAACAUGCCUAGAUAAGGAUUACUACAAGUGCUGGGAACCCCUGAAGAGCCAUUUUAAUGCCAAAUGCAACUGAAGAAGCGCCCACGUGUGCAACACGCUCAGAUCUUGUCUUGCCUGUGUAGCUAAGUUGUUAAGAUAACAGUUCAUCUUACAUGCAGAAAAUCAUGAGCAGUUGGCAGAAUGAUUGAUGAGUAACUGAAAAUAAAAAUAAAAAAUAAAACCACAAA